AAAGUUGAAAAAGGCGGGCAGAGAGAAAGAGAGAAAAUGGUGAAAGGCGGGGCUGCUGAUUCGAACUGACCGCUCUCUCUCUCUCUCUCUCUUUCUCUUUCUCUUUCUCUCUCUAAUGGCGACUCCUGGCGAAGAUUCGAAUCAUCGAUGGCAACUUGAGCAAUCUCUGUCUCAAAUUCAGAUAGAUUCAGUCUUCCAUCCGCGAUAUCAACUCUGCACACCUUCCGCUUCCAGUCAAUCUCUCCCUUUCUACUUACAAACUUCUCAUUCUUCAUCUAUGAUUUCAUCGCCAAUACCCUCCAAUGACUAUCCCUCCUCACGCACAGAUCUCUUAUCUGCACAACCACAUCCGACUUUCAAUAACUCGCCGGUCAAUCCUCAACUUUGUACCAAAGCUGAAUAUGAUACCAAUCUUUCACUUAGUCUAAAGCCCUCUGAAGGUAUUGCGAUCUUCAAUUCCUCAGAAGUUCCAAAGCAAUGGAAACCUUUGAUUCCAGCAGGUCCAGUUGCAGUACCAUCUUAUAAUGCAUCUAAUGGGACUGGUUGUCGUUUCGACAGUUCUCUAGGAACGCUAACAAAGAAGUUCAUUGAUUUGGUCCAUAAGGCAGAAGGCGGCCAGCUUGAUCUGAACAAGACUGCAGAAGCCCUCAAGGUUCAGAAAAGGAGGAUAUAUGACAUUACCAAUGUUCUGGAAGGAAUAGGAUUGAUAGAGAAAACCACAAAAAACCAUAUAAUGUGGAAGGGGUUUGAGAUGGUACCAAGCAAUAUCAAUGAAGAUGCUAACUUGUUAAAGGCUGAGCUUGAAAAUUUAUAUGCUGAAGAUAGCAGGCUUGAUGCUUGUAUAAGGGAAAGAGAAGAGCAUUUGAGGAUUUUAAGAUCUCAUGAGAAUUUUAAAAAGCACCUUUUCUUGACUGAGGAGGAUAUCACAAGCAUUCCUCACUUCAAGGAUCAAACUCUUAUUGCAAUAAAAGCUCCACAUGCUAGUUGUAUUGAAGUUCCUGAUCCAGAUGAGGAAACUGGUUUCCAACAAAGGGAGUUUAGAUUAAUUGUUAGAAGUAUAAGAGGCCCAAUUGAUUUGUAUCUAUUAGGCAGUGGAAGCCAAAUUAAGGAGGAUGUGAAUGUCAAUGAGAAAAAUCUAGCAGAUAUAUCUUCAGGAACGGAUCCAAUAAUACCAGAUGGCAUUUCCUCAACAGGUCCUGUGGAAUCCAGAACUCAGAAGAUCACAAUACCAGAAUCUGCUAGAGAAGAUGAUUAUUGGUUCCAAUCUCAUAAAGAAGUAAGCAUUACAGACUUAUGGGAAAGAGAUGAAAGGAGACCAGCAAUGCGCCUUCCUCGGAAUCCCGAGUAGCUCAUCAAUGGAAAUCGUGACGAAAAGCGAGCAAGAGUAUACCUGCAAGUAAAUAUAGUGGCUAGAUAUUCUUAUUAUUGAUUUAUAUGAGUGUUGGCGUCACAUAUGUGCAUGCAAUAUAUACAAACUAAAUAACUUGUGAGAAUAAAUAAGAAAAGAUUUAAGAUGAUUGCAAUA